GUCGUGCUGGUCGCGGCGGCGCGCGUGAUGUGUGUACACCUGCAUAUGCUGCAGCCUGCCCUUGCUCUUCCUCCCGCAUCACAAAAAUCCAAGAACAACACGGCGCGUGCGGAUGAGUGUCCGAGCUGAGAGAGGUUGGACGCUGAAGCGCACAAGCAUAACGUACUUCGAGGCUCGGAGACGGAAAUUGCUGUUGUGCAUGCCAACUUACGGCUCGACUCCCAAGGAGACUCCUCAAUGUGCGGAGCCGCUGGAGCAGUGGGCAAUAUCGGAAUAUGGGGCGCCCUGCGACUGCCAGCAGGCCAGAGAGCUUGAUGUGGUAAAAUGCUCACCUCGUCUCCACACUCACGAGGUCUGCAUAGCAGCUCCGCAUCUGCUUGGAACAUGCCAUGGCUGGGGUUCAGACAUGCAAUUGGCUGAGCAGCGAUCGAUGAGUGCUUUGACUACUACUACUACUCGUCGCGACUGUUGUAUGGCAGGCAGGCGGGCAGCAGAUCGUCGAGAUCUCUGCUUUGAGCCAUGCCACAGGUGGCUGUGCCCAGGGCGGGCAGCAACCAAACAGGAAGAGAGCAGCCUCCAGUGGGCAAUACAUGGGCUUCAGCAGCAAUCGAAUGUGAAUGUGGCUCAAAGUAGCGGACAGGUGGUCGAUGCACGCAACUUCAAGAAAAGCAACGAGAGUCACGAAUGGCCGCAUCGCCAAUCGCCAUGUAAGGUCUGGUGCCGUUGAGAUUUGCAUGGCAAGGUAUCUCGCUCGACCAGCACAGCGGGCCGGCAGCUCACAGCUGUGAGGCACGCAGCAACUGGAUACUCACAACAAUUUCCGUCGAUUCUGACUCAGAAGCUCUCGAUCCCGAAGGUACGCGCGCCGGUUCUUUGUGCCGCUUUCGGAAGCUGACGCUACCUUAGGUGCCAUGACAACCACCCUCGGGUGCGCUCCUACUUGUAUUUGUGGCUACGGGCAAAUCAGAACUGGGAUCGACAUUCGGACUGAGUCCACUUCGGUCACGAAUUGAAUGCACAAGAAGUUAUUUUUCAAGGCGGAGCUUG